CGCGAUCGAGCCCGCCCCUGGCGCGGUGGUGGCUGCCCGCCUGUGGAGAAAACUACCCCGUAGCUCGGCGCGACUCAGAGCCCUAGAAAGCGGUGGUGCCGCCCUACAACCUUCGUCCCCAGCUCGCAAGGCUGGCUCCACCUCUCUAAUCGUUCCCACCACCCAAAAUGGCGGCGGAAGUAGAUUUUGGCGACCUAGAGCUGUUUGAGGCGUUUGACCCCCGGGAGGAGUCGACUCCGAAGCCCGUUCACACCCGCUUCAAGGACGAGGACGGCGACGGCGACGAGGAAGAAGACCAGAAUGGGGGCGGUGACGCGGAGCUGCGGGAGCGGCUCCGGCAGUGCGAGGAGACCAUCGAGCAGCUCCGCGCCGAGAAUCAAGAACUUAAAAGAAAAUUGAACAUUCUGACUCGACCUAGGUAUGAGAUCUUGAAAUUACACCACACUUCACCCGGCUCCAUGGCAGGGGACAGCAGGUUACUGCUGUGCUGCUGGAGAUUCCAGCCUCCAGGCCAGAACCCUAGUGUACCCUGCAUCUCGGCCGUGACUGCCCCUAACAUCUCUCACCGCCUUACAGAUGUGGAGGUGGCCCACGGCUCCCAGGGCGCCGGCGCCUUCCAGUUCCAGCCACCGCUGCCCCGUGGGACCCCGCCGCCCGUCUUCGUGCCCCCGCUGCCCAAGGGCACCCCGCCGCUCACGCCCCGCGCCUCGCCUCAGCCCCGGGCAGCUGCUGUGGACGAGGACGCGCUCACGCUGGAGGAGCUGGAGGAGCAGCAGCGGCGCAUCUGGGCGGCCCUGGAGCAGACGGAGGGCGCUGCCAGCGACUCGGACCCGCCAGGGGACACGCCCCUCACCGGGACCUCUGUGGCCUCCUCGCCCAGCGCUCCUGAGCUGGAGCUUCAGGCCCGGGAGGGGACCGUCCUGGAAGAGCCCAAGGCACCCACCCCUGAUGCGGAGACCAUGGAGGAUGACGUGGGGUUGCCCCGAAGUCCCAUCCUUGAGGCCACACCAAAGUCCCCGAAGGCGGAGGAGGAGCCCAUGGAGCCAGAUUCCCUGGAGGUGGAGCCCGGAGCCUCCCCACUCGGCAAUGGCACUGGCACCGGCACCAGCAAUGGCACUGGCACCAGCACCAUCCUAUCGAACUGUGACAUCAGGAAUGGGGACACCAGGCCUCCCACAGCUGCCCCGCAGCACAGCCCCGUCCCGGACAUGAGCAAGUUCGCCAUGGGCAUCACGCCCUUCGAGUUCGAGAACAUGGCCGAGUCCACGGGGAUGUACCUGCGCAUCCGCAGCCUGCUCAGGAACUCGCCCCGCAGCCAGCAGAGGAGCAAAAAGGCCCCCGAGUGACUGGGCCACGAGCCACCUAGGGCCCUGCCCCACCCGGCCGAGUUGGAACGCCAGGCUGCCCAGUGGUCCCGCCGGCUGAGCCCACAUUGAAGAAUGGAGGGACAGAGGCCUGCGCUUUGCGCUUUUCUUCUCACUGGCGAGAAUGGGCGGGCUGCUGGCUAAAAAUGCUUUGUUUCAGGUUUCUACUAAUUUUGGAUUAUGGGUGUCCCUCAAGAGUGAUGUUUUUUAUCGUCUUUUGUACAUUGUUUUCCCUUUCUACAUUUUGCUAAUUGUUCUGUAUAUAAGUUUAAUAUAUCACUUUUUAAAAGAAAAAAUCCAGCCAUUUCAAAUUCAUAUCUCAACUCCGACAACCAAAUGAGAAAAACCAGGGACAGCAGCUUUUCCCCAUUUGGGAUAUUUUUGUAAGAUUUACGGGCAUCAGUUUGAAUAACACUUUACUUUUUGUAACUUCCCUCUAUAUAUAAGCUUACUAUACAGGUAUGUUGCCCUUAGGUAUAGAAGGAUAAUAAAUUAAUUUUCAUGCACAUAAUGUAAAAAAAGUUUUCACAAUUUUUACCUUUAAGUUUUGAAGAAAAUUUGUGGUUGCAGAAAUUAGUCGUAACAAAGGAAACAAGAAAAUUGCAGGUUUGGGUGCAUUCUUGGGCCUUGAUCCUUAAACCCAGAAAUCGCAGGCCAGGGAUAU